AUGAGUAAAAAAUUUAUUAAAAUAAGUAAUACAAAAUUGAAUUAUCUUAUGAAUCAAGAUCAAUUCAAAAAAAUUAUUGAUAAUAAUUCAUCAUCAAUUACACCUUCAUCUACUAUAUCAUCAACAUCAACAUCAACCACAACUAAACCAACCAGUAACUCUACCAAGUCAAAUGCUCAAGCUUCAGCAAAUACAACAUCUUCAUCAAUACAUUCAACUAAAUCAACUUUAAGAAAGAAAAAAUCAUCAAAUACAUUAACUCCAUCAAACUCUCAACAUUCGACAAACACAAGCACAACCAAUAAUUCAAAUCAUGUACUAAAUAAAAAAUCGUCAAUUGCUGAUUUUAUACAAGGUAAUGCAAAUUAUAGAACAAGUCCUGAAAAUCCUUCUUCAUAUCAAGAAACCAUAUUUAAAAUUUUCACUUAUAUAAUAAUUUUAUUACCAACUUUAACAUCAAUUUUGUUUCCAAUAAACUCAAAUUCAAUUCCCAAAAAUGAACAAAUUGGAAAUUUUAUAAUUGAUUUAUUAACUGUUAUAUUAAUAAGUUGGGUAGUUAGAUUUACAAUGGAAUGGCCAUAUAAUUGGAUGAAAAAAUUACAACAAACAAAAUCAAAACUAUAUAUUGAAUUAAAAUCAAUAAAUAAUUUAAAUAAUGAAAAUGCUGAUAAAAUUAUUUUAUUAAUUAGAAAAAUUUAUACAUUUGAAAUUAUUGCAUUAAUUUGUUGUUUAAUAUCAUCAAUUUUUAGUUCAUUUUUAUUAAUUUGGACAAGAAAAUAUACAAUUAUUGAUCAAAAAAGGAAAAAAAUGAUUUUUAAUAAUGUUAAUAUUGCUUUAUUACAAUUUUGGUCAAUUUUUAGAAUUAUGAUUACAUUUAUUGAAUCUUUACAAAAUUCUUCAUUAAAUUUAAAUAAUUCUUCAAUUCAUUUACAAAAUAAUAGUAACGGUAUUUCAAAUUGGUUACAAGAUUUAAAAUAUUAUUUUUUACCAAAUUUAACAAAUCAAAUAUUAUUAGAUCAUUUACAAAUCAAUAAUAAACAAUUGGAUAAAUUAAAAUUAGAUUUAUUAAAAAUUAAAAAAGAAUUAAAAUCAAGAGAUGAAUAUGAUGAAUUACAACAAAUUCAAUUGAUUCAUCAACAUCAACAACAAGUUGAAGAAAAUAUACAAUUACAACAAUUACUUCAACAACAGCAGCAACAGCAGCAACAAUUACAACAACAGCAAGCUCAACAGCAGCAGCAGCAAUUACAACAACAACAAAUUAAAGGAAAUACAAUUCAACAACAAAUCAGUAAUUAUGAAACUCUAGAUCCAAAUCAAUCUAUUUCACCAUUUCCAUUAAGCUUAUCACCAAAAGAAGGUUCACCUGUAUCAUCACCAACAAUUGAAUAUUCCAGAUCUCAACUUAUGCAACAACAACAACACCCACAACCAUUACAAUUACAAAAACCAAUGUUACCAAGACGUAAAUCAUCUUUUGGUAAAAGUCCACUCAAAACAAUUGUUGAACAAGAAGAAGAUUUAGUAUUUGAAUCACUUGAAACUCCAUCUUUUACAAAAUUUGAUAAUAGUUUAAAUUCAAAAUUUAAUGAUUCAAAUUCAUCAUCAUUAAUAGGUAAUAAUCAUAAUCAUAACGAAAAUUAUCAAACAAAUUCAAAUAAUUUAAAUAGUAUAAGUUUAUCAAAUAUUGAAUUUUUAUCAAUAAUUAAAAAAACAAUCAAAAAUUUACAAAAUGAAAUUUCAAUAUUUGAUUUUAUAAUUCAUCCAAAUUUUGUAAGUAAAAUAUUAUAUAAUGAAAUAAAUUCAAUUUUUAUACAAUUAAAAAUUCAUGAUUUUGAAAUUUUAAAAUUUUUUAUAUUACAAAUUUUUGAAAUUUAUAUCAUGAAUUUAUAUGUUCAUAUAAUGGAUCAUGUAUUUGAUAUUUUAAAUAAUCCAUUACUUUACCUUUGGAAAUUUAUUUUAUGGGGCUGUUUUAAAAUUCCAAUUAUUGGUUUAAAAUUUUAUUUUAAUAUUUUGUUUAGUAUACCAUUAUUAAUUUUAAAAUUAAUUUUAAUAAAACCUUUUAAAAUUGGUAUUUUCAUUUUACAAACUAUUAUAAGUAUUUUAUUAAGAUCAACUACUUCAAUUAUGAUAAAAGAUAAAAUAAAAUCAUCAUCUUUUGCACUAAAUGAUUAUAGGGAUAAAUUGAAGCAAAAACUUGAAAAAAAUAAUAAUGAAGAAGAAGAUCAAGAAGAAGAAGAAGAUGAAGAUGAAGAAGAAGUUAAUAAUUCACUAAAAGAAUCAAAUAAAAUUAAAAAUUUUAAAAAUUUAAAACAAUUUCAAAAUCCUUUAAUAAAUGAUCAAUUUACAAUGAAACAAUUUCAUUUAUCACCUACAUUAAAAUUAGAUAAUGAGAAUGAUGAAGAAGAUGAAUAUGAUUAUUUUUUAAAUAAUAAUCGAAGUAACAACCAAAAUUCAUUUACCAAGUUAAAUAAUCAAACAAAUCAACUCCCCCAAAAAAAAUUUAAAUUUAAAACAAAUCCUAUUAUUUCUGUUACUCCAAAUUCAAAUAAUAAAUUUAAUAAUAAGAAUGAAAAUUAUAAUUUUAAUAAUUCAAAUCAUAUAAUUUAUGAAGAUUAA